ACUGCACAUCGUAUUGCGGUGAGUCAAUUUUUAAUUAAAUUUUGGGUAAUAAUUUUGUAAAAAUCCUCUGCGAUUUUGCCGAAGCUUCACAAUAUUUGUGUAUUAUUUUGUGCGUGAAACACGAAUUUAUAUACAUUAAAAAAUCCAUCUUUCGCCUCUACGGAUGGAGCCGAAAGCUACUUGACAAUAGACAAUUAUCAUUUGUCGAUAAUGAAGAAAUCUUUAUAUGAAGAAAGAAUAAAGUUACAUAUUAUUGCGUUAUGAGUAUGCAAUUUCAUAAUAAUGAGAAGGAAAAUAUCAAUUGAUACGAUUAUAUGAUUUCUGUGAAAAUUGUGUCUGGUCUACCUGCACUUUUUGCACUUUAUGGCAUCAUAAAUGAAAUAGAUGUAUAUCUUAAAUCUAACGUGAAAGCAAGAGACAAGAUACACGAAAAAUCUCAUCUGAACAAAUAUGUAAAAAUACGUAACAUUGGUUAGAACGAACAAAAUACGCAAGACGCAUUUUUCUUUUUCUCCGAAUCGCACAAGUGGAAACAUUUUUGUCGCACAAUUAAUUAGAAAUCUUGAUUAAAUAUAAUCAAAAUAUGAGUUCUAUGGAGCAUGAAUUCAACGAAGCGUGUUCAACAUCUAAAGAAGAAUGUCAAACUUCUAUGGAAAGCAAUAAACCUUCAUUUAAAUUAGAUGAGCCUGUUACUACAGCACUAAAUAUAAAUUCAAUGACAACGAAUAAUUUCAGUGUCAAUGACGAAAAUAGUUUAUCUUUUGUGGUGCUAGGUAAAGAUUCAGUAGAAACUCAGGCCUCUGUCUUAGCAUCGUAUGUUGAUAUUCAGCAGAAAAGCAUGGCAGUUGACUAUAAAUCGAUGGUUUUGACACUGAAUCCAGAAGAGAUGCAAGAGAAAUUGAGUGACAUUUUGCAAGAAAAUGUGAUGUUAAAAGAAACUUUGAGGCUAAACACUUCAUCUAUGGAAGAACAAUUUAAUAAAUUAGUAAUGUGGCAAAAGGAGGUAAUGAAUGUUCAUGAGGUCCAUAAAAAGAAGUUUGCGGAAACUAGAGAACUAGUCAAUCAUCUUAAAAAGGAAAACAAUGAGCUAAAAACUAAGCUGAUGCAUUUGCAACAUACUGACAAUGAAAAUACAGGAUUUGAGACAAUUGGCACAACUUCUGAGUCUAAUGUCAUUAUUAAUGAUGCUGCUCACACAGAACUUCAACAAAUUACACCAAAACUUAAAAUUGCAAUGUCAAAAAUGAAUCUUGAAGAAUGCAAAAAAUAUGUAACAUGUAUAAUAUCUGAAAAAUUUGCUGAGAAAGCAUUACAAAAUAAACUAGAAGAAAUAAAAUUGGAGAAAGAAUUAGAAUCAGCAAUGAAAUCUUUAAAUUGUAUUGACAAGGAAGCCUCUGCAAAAAUUGUAGAAAAUCAGAAUUGUUUAGAUGCAAAAGAUAAAGAAAUCAAUUAUUUGAAAGAAGUCAUUGCUUUGCUUGAAGAGAAACUGCAAUGUGUUCUUACUCCUAUUCAAUUACACGAUCUAUUACAAUCGUCGUCCAAUCUAAAUCGUCAAAAAUUUGUAGAAAAUAUAAAGCAAUAUAACAAUAUAUUACAAGAGUUAACUGAAUGUUAUGUAAAACAAAUAGAACGCUUUGCUACGAUAGAAAAAAGUUUAAAAGAGAUUACAGAUAUACUUAUAAUACUUGAUGAUGAUAACAACUCGAAAAUGCAGUUUUAUCAAUAUAAAGAAAAAUUGUGUCAUUGCUGUAAGCAAUUAGCCGAUGAGCAAGUGAAAAUUAUCUCAGACAGACAGACUUUGAUUAAAUCGCAAAAUCAAUUUCAGAAAAUAUUCUCAGAUUACAAUUCUAUUUUAUACGAACUAGAAAUAACGAUCGAUGAAAAUACAAAAUUGAAUGUUCUAAAAGAUAAAAAGGAUCGCGAAAAAUUGGAAGAAGUAGAACAAAUUAAGCUUAAUAAGCAAUUAUUGGAAGAGGAAAAACAAUCUUUGAAUCAAGAGAAGCUUAAUCUUGAAAAAGAAAAAGAUAUACUUGAAAGUCAAAAAAAGAGUUUGGAUAUGGAACGCAUAACGUUGCACGAAGAUAAGAAAUAUGUGAUGCAAGAGAAGAUCAGUCUGAACGAAGAGAAAAUGUCACUUGAUCAUCAGAGUCAGUUAUAUGAAAAUUGCGAGAAAGCUCUGAAAGAUGAGAAUGAACUCUUGCGACAGGACAUCCAGAAAAAGGAUACAGAAUUUAAAGAAAUAAUGCAACAAUAUGCACAAAGCGUAGAAGAGAUUGGUCUAUUAAGAUCACAAUUAACAAUGUACGAGGAAGACUUUACAGUUGAGAAAAGACUUAAGGAAUCUUUGUUAGACGAGAAAAAUAAAUUAGAUGUAGAAUUACAAAAACAAAUAAGAUUCAACCAACAAUUACAAUCUACGGACAAGCCCUCUACUAACGUUGUACAGGAUGGUAUUGUGACAAACUGUCCAAAAUGUGCGAAACCAUAUCAUGGCUUACCAGCUUUGAUGGAACAUAUUGAAAAAUGCAUCGAUUAAUGAUGAAAUUAGUUCAUUAAUGAUAAAAAUUAGGUAGACAGCGUCAGCAUUAUACAAGGAUAUCUUGUCAUACAGCUUAUUAUUAGGAAAACUUCACGAAGGAAUUUCUUUUUAUAGUUAUUUAUCUGAAUAUAUGCUUAUGUAAUAUUACUUUUAUAUAUACUCAAAAGACUUUUAAUUUUAAUUAAUAUAACAUUGCAGAUGCGACGUGCAAUCUAUUAUUUAAUAAGUUUGAUAUUAGAGCAGUGUUAACACGUAAAUGUAUAUUUUUUUAAAUUAUGCGUUUUUAAAGAUGGUUAUGUAGCAUAUAACAAAGUAGAAUAGAUUACUUAAAAAAUA